AUGAUUUGUAACCAAAUUAAAUGGUCUACUGUAUCAAUUAGCAUUGCUUUAAUAAUCAUCAUUGUCUAUGCAACUAGUGGAUUGUACACUUUGAUUGAUAUAACAACAUUAAUGUCGAUGCAGUUAUCUAAUGAUAGUAAUGGGACGAUUCUAUGGCCUAUUGUAUCAUCUCCAGUGACGAUUAUUUUUGAUUGGAUAUCACUUUGUGUCUACUUUAGUAUUGCAAUUUUUGUUAUCUUUCUUCUUUGUGCUAUUCAAUUAAAUAAAUCAUGGCUUUUAUUUCUUUGGUCAAUAUUAAUGAUUUUCAUGUUACUUAUUGAUGGUAUUGUUACUAUACUCUCUCUUCGACAAUAUCAACAACAGGUUUAUAGACCAUCAAAACAAGUGAAAAUUCUAUUUUUACUUAUGAUUAUUCGUCUCAUUAUUUCAUUGUGUGGUAUUUUCAUAACUAUUUUUCAUUAUCGUCAAUUAAACAAAGUUAAAUCAGAAUAUUUAAAUAGACAAAGAAUGUUACUACGUUAUAAUGCCGAAUGUACAUCUCCGUCAUAUGAUAGUUCAUGGACACGUUCUGUUGGUUUUAUGAAUCCAUCAAAGAAUACUAGUGAUGAUCAUUAUAUACUUGAUCUUCCAUCAUCUGUAUCAUUAUCGAGAACAAAAACUGCUACUGUUCAACGUCAUCUAAAAUCAACUAUGGUUCAUUCACGGAAAUCACUUAAUCCACAAUCAGAAUUUACUGAUUAUCUUCAUCAACAACCCAUAAGUGAAUAUAAUGAACAUUUUCGAUAUAAUAUACCAUUACAAGAAAAAUUUUAUCAACAAAAGAUAACAGCUGUUGAAGAACUUUAA